CAAAUGCUGUUCCUCUCAGAUACACCAAAGACUAGAAAACAUCCUUUGUUAAUGGUGGAAAAUAAGCUGCUUCUUAGGAAACAAGACUUCAUCAUGCAAGUGUUUAUAGAUUUAUGUCAAGUUCCUUGAUUUAAAAAAAAAAGAGAGAAAAAGCCUUUCUUGAGUCAGAAAUGCUUCUUGAACUGUUAUAAAAUAACAAUUACGACGCUCCACUUUUUAUUUUUAUUGCUGAGUUGAAAAAGAUGACUAUCCACAAUGCCUUCACCAGGAAGAUAUUAUUCUACAAAUAAGGGCCCGGCGUGACAUUUAUGAGAAAGCUGAGGUCCUUCUGCACACAGCUGAUUGGUGGCCAGUCAGUGGGCUCCGGGGCAGGCUGCAAAUAAAGGCACCUUCUCCACCGGGCUGGGCAGAUGUAGGAGGGCUGGUCGGCUCUCCGUGCACUUUGGAAAUGCUCAGUCUCUGUCCCAGCAGCACACAUCUGGGGCCAGCAAAGAGAAAGCAGGCUCUGACGAUGAGGUGUCUUCUUCCCCAGUUUCCGUCCAUCUUGGCCGUCUACUGCUUCUGUGUGCUGCAGAUUCUCACCUCAGGAGCUCCUCAACCUUUAGCUGAUCCUCCAGACGGCUUGGAUAUUGUGCAGCUAGAGCAGCUGUCAUACUGCCUGAAUCAGUGGGCAAUGCUCUCUCACCAACUUAAGUUUUUAUUUCACUACUCCCGAGCUCAGGAGCCAACACAUCCAAUGAAAAGUGUGUUUCCUCCCGUGCACCCUCUAGUGCACCUGGCCGCGAAGCUCUCCAGCAGAAGGACGAAGAGGUUUCUGCAGCAAGAAGAAGGAGCGGCUGGUGGGGGGGUUACUAAGAAGUUGGAUUUCCGGGUGGCAGAGAGAAACCAUGGGGCACUGCCUCUGGCUUCUAAUAUUUCAUCUCCAGCCUCACAAAUGAGUCACCUGGGGCCGAAUGGCUUUACUAAGAAGUUGGAUUUCCGGGUGGCAGAGAGAAACCAUGGGGCACUGCCUCUGGCUUCUAAUAUUUCAUCUCCAGCCUCACAAAUGAGUCACCUGGGGCCGAAUGCCCUGGAGACUCUUUCUCUGGCUCAGGGGCUCUGCAUUGCACACUUGGGGAGAGGUGUUGACGCUGCUGGUUCAGGACCAUCCGAUUUGAAAAACAUCCUCGUAGACAUUCUUGAAGGACCUGUGAUGCAACAGGGUUGCCUAACAGUUUAUGUUUUUAUGUUGCAGGAUCGUGCUGCUGUCUUGGGUCGACCAUUUUUCCUUUUCAGGCCAAGAAAUGGAAGAAAUAUCAAAGACAAGGCCCACUAAAGAGGCCAAGAAUUUAAUGGUGACAGGAAGCUGGAUCUGAUGCGGCCAUCCACUGAUUAUUUUGAGCAAAUGUCAAAUUUCUUUCUGUGAACAAUAUUUAAAAAUUCUUCUCUUGUUUUAUGUUCACUGGAAUAUUUAGUUGUAUAAAAAUAAAGUAGCA